CCGCCUUCAGAAGAGCUUUACUGGAAAUCAACUGGGUUUAUAGCGAGAUGGACUCCGUAACCCCCUUCUGAUAUGUGUGGAGAAAAUGGAAGCCAAGCAUUGCAGCUCCUAAUGAAAGCAGCUGAAUGACAACCAAUGAGGUCAUUGAUCACAGUGCACCAAGGGAUACUCGAUUCACAGUCAAGUGGGAAACAGUCAUCAUGAAUAAUCAAGAGGUUGUGGCAUUGCUGGAUGAGUGCAAGCAAAAGAUUGUAGCGCUCGCUUCAGAGGUGUCACAGCCGUCUGAGGAGGAGAAGAAUGACUACCAACGGUGCAGAGCAUCCCUCCCGGAUGAUCUGAAGACUCUUAUUGAGGAGGCAAAAGAAAUGAAGUGGCCCUUUGUGCCUGAGAGGUGGCAGUACAAGCAAGCUAUGGCCGCAGAAGACAAAACAAAUCUACAAGACUUGAUCAAUCCGAGGUUGCAUGACCUUCUGUUUUUCUUAAAGGCCUCUAUCACAGUAGCAGACAGUGCUACUGCUGCUGCCAUUGUGUUCCUGGUUGAUCGCUUUCUCUACUGGGCAGAUGCCUCCACCAGACUACUGAGCGUGGCAAAGGCUCUGCACAAGAUGUGGCCUGCCACUCCAAUAGCGCCACAGGUGGUUAUACGCCAAGCACGCAUCUCGACAAACUCAGGAAAGCUCUUAAAAGCAGAAUACAUUUUAAGCAGUUUGAUCAUCAACAACGGAAGAACAGGAUCCUGGAGUUAUUCUGAUGAAAAUGACCGGGUUUUAGUGCAGUCUGUGUGCAUACAGAUCAGAGGACAAAUCUUGCAGAAACUAGGUAUGUGGUAUGAAGCAGCGGAACUGAUCUGGGCGUCCAUUGUUGGCUUUUCGGAACUGCCCAUACCAGACAAAAAGGGAAUAGCUACGUCUUUAGGAGUCUUGGCAGACAUAUUCAUCUCCAUGAGUGCAGAAGACUACCAGAGGUUUAAGAACAGAAGUCAUGUCUGUUUGAGUUUACUGGAAGAAUUUGAUCACAGAUUGCUGUCAGCAGCAGAAGCAUCCAAACUGGCAGCAGCCUUCAGUUUGUAUACACCACUGUUUGUGCUAACCAAUUUGAAUAUCAGAGGAACAUGCUUAUUAUCCUACAGUCUUUCAAAGGAUUGUCUUAUGGAAAAAAAACCUCUUUACCUUUCUGAAGCAAAGGAAUCAUUUGAGAUCGGUCUUCUCACCAAGAAAUCAGGAGACCUUGUAACAAGCAAACAGGAAUUACACAGCUUUGUUAAAGCAGCUUUUUGUCUAGCAAAUAUCCAUACUUGGCUUCAAAUGGACAGUGUUCCCGCUAAAGAUGUGAGCUUGCUAUGUAGUGAGGCCAUGGAGAAACUAGCCAAAUAUAGUAUGUUAACAGACAAACAAGAUAAAGGUAAUCUUGCCAAUGACAUAAUGUCUUUGGUAGGUUCUGUUAAAGAGUGCCUACAGGUUCAACCUUUUGCAACCUCAGAUGACCAUUCAUAUGUGCCUGACAGCUACAGAGACUGUGCGAAGAAAACUAUUUUGACUGGGAAUGUAAAAUUCAGUAAAGUGUUGGAAAUGUUUUCCCAGCAUCACAGAUCAGUGUGUGAAGCAUUUGAGAGUUCCUGCAGAAGUCACAAAGCCACAGAUGUAGAACCAGGAGCUUGUGUGACUGCUCUGAAAACACACACUAUCAGUACAGCAGAAGACAGCAGCUGUCCUACAACUGGAGGCAGUGACCUAUCCAGUGGCACACAUGGCCGGAGAAGGAAACUUGUGCGCUCCAAUGCAUUGACCCAUUCUUUGGAUGGUACAAACAGAAAGUCAUUGGGAAAGAUGCAAGAGAGUGGUAAUUCUACAUCUAGUUCAUGGUACAAUGUGUCAAAUUCCUCUUCCAGCUGGGAAUCAUUAAAUGUCACUAAUGACAGUGAGCUAGUUAUAGAGGAAAGUGAGCUAGCUAAAGAGGACAGUGAAGAAACAGAUAAAAUGAAUAACACCAGUGCAAUCACAAAAUCUGAUUCAGGUUCAGGACAAAAUAAGGAUGAACAAGAUUUACCAAUUCAGGACUUAUCUGUCCAUGAAGGGGAAGAGGGCGUUAAUCAAAAUAGUCCAUCGCCUCUGGUUAGAAGUGAAUCAGAUGCUUCUAGGUCUUUACUUGGUAAUAUGCCUGAUGUUUAUGGCCAAACUGCUGAAUACUAUGAAAUUGUCGAUCGAUGUGCUGAAACAGAAUCUGCAACUGACUGUAUUAGUUACCCACCUGAUGUCACAGAUGAUAUAGGUAGACAUGAAGGCUCAUUCACGGAGUCUCCAGUUUCAUUUACAAAUCAGGACAAAGAUAGAUAUCAAAACCCUGACUUACUGACUGGCAGUGAUUUUAAUGUCAUUAAGCAACAACGAUCUGUGGAUAGUUCCUCAAGUAAAAAGUCACUGUGGCUACAGAACACUGCCAGUAGUUUAGACUCUGGAGCUGACCCUCUAAGUGUAUUGCCAGCAGAUGCUGAUUUUUUGUGCGUAACUACUGAGGAGGAAGAAGAUAAGCUAAAUAGCAGCUACGGAUCCAGCUCUUGGGCAAUGUCAGCACAAUUUUCUGGAAGCAUAUCUGAAUCAGUCUCCAGUAGAGGCUCUUUUGCUCUGAUACGUAAACAACCUUCAUUAGAUGCCACAGACUGUGAGAAACUUCUUUCAGGUGUUGACAGUGAUUGGAUUCUGGAAAGGCUGGGUGGUACUGAAAGACUUAAGGCAUUACCACGGGAAAAAACAUACAAUGCUAUGCUCCUGAAAUUCUCCAAGAAGUCUGAGUUAUGGACUGCCCAGGAAACCUGUGUGUAUUUUGGUAAAUAUGUAAAAGUUACAAAAGAAGGCCAUCAGAGAAAUGCUUUCUGGGUACACUGUCUACACCAGGACGAAACUUUGGGAAGAUACAUUGGGAAGGAAUACAAAGAGCAAAGGAAUAUACUCCACCAUUUUAAAGAUGUUGAGAGACAAAUGACUGCUCAGUACUACGUGAAUGAAUUCAACAAAAGGCUAUAUGAGAUGAAUAUCCCCACUCAGUUAUUUUACAUACCCUCCUCCUUGCUGCUGAUUUUGGAAGAUGGAAUAAUUGAGGGAUGCGUCACAAUGGAGCCAUAUGUUCUUGGAGAAUUUGUAAAAUUAUCUAAUAACAAAGAAAUUGUGAAGAUGCAAUAUGAAGCUACUAAAUAUGGAUUGGCACUUGGACAUUUUGCGUAUGAGUUUUCAGGUCGCUCAGACAUUGUGGUGGAUUUACAAGGUUGGGUGACAGGAAGUAAGAAAGGAGAAGCCCUUAUUUACCUCACAGAUCCACAAUUCCAUUCCGUUAAAAACACUUCACUGGAAGCAAGUCGCCGCAGAGGAGCAAAUUGCACUAAUUUUGGGAAGAGAGGAAUAGAGCUUUUCUUCACAACACAACAUGGAGAGUGCAAUGAAAUAUGCCAUAGUCUUUCCCUAACGAGACCCAACCUAGCUGAAUUAUAUAAACAAACAGGGGAUGCUAUAUAGUCAACAUCACAUGAAUACACCCUUUUCUUAUUGAAUGAUUAUAUAUGCUUUGUGAAAUAUUGUAAGUGAAACCUAAAACCAGCUGAGAGCACUACCUCAAGACCAUGAAAUGUAAUGUUAAUUUGAGGGGGUCUAUACCCACCAUUAUAAAUCAGGGCUAUACAUGAGAUCAAGCAAUAUGAAUGUUAGAAACAUUAGCAAUACAACCUUAUAUACUGUAUGCCUAACUCUAAAAUAUUGAAGUGGAUCUCUUACCUCCACAAAUUUGACAUCACUAAAUAAACUUUUUAAUACUA